GUUGCGACCACCAACGAUCGACUUCCUUUAGCCUGCGUUGCAUACUACUUUAUUUGUAACCUCAUUCAUCUAACUCAACGUGUGUCUUCACAAUGAUGUUUCUUGUGGUUGUAAUGGUGGCGGUGGUGAGUUCCGUGGCAGGUCUGCCUGCACCUGACCUGUCAUACAUUCGAAAUGGAACUUGUCUACAGAUGUCAACACACCCUACACUUAACUACGAGAAGUUCUCAGGUGUAUGGAUGGAGGUGGCGUCCAGGCCCAACAUUUUCCGCUCCGCCAGGCAGUGUGUCACUGUCCACUUGUCUCCCUCUCAAGGAGGAGUGGAGAGCGUGACGUCAGCAGUGAAUGCAGAGGGUCUACCUUCAGAGGUUCCCACACUAUUAACUCCUCAGGACGAUCCCUCAGUCUUCACCGUCCUCUACCACGGUAUAGCUACGGGAAAACUAUCGGUGGUUGACACUGACUACACCACCAUGGCUUGUGUCUACCAGUGUCAACAGGCCACACCCACCCAAAAGGUUGAGUGGGCAUAUGUGUACUCGCGGGAUCUGAAGGAGGCCGCACCAGCCAACAAGAGAUGCAGAAAGGUCUUCAAAUCUCAGGGGUUCGAUGUGGAGAGUAUCAUGUCCUCGCCACAUCCAGCGGAGACGUGUAACACAGCCGUGGCUGAGUAGAUAAAGGCCCCUCCUCUGCCUUCACUUUCUCCCAACAAUGCCAUCUGAUAGUGGCUUUUGUCGAUUGGGACAGGCGUCUUGCCUUCCCCUCAAGCAUCCAAUGUCUUUGGGACAGUGUCUUCCCUGGGAGUAUCUCUUAACUUGUAACGUAACUUGUUACCCAGUGGUAGGAUAUGUCCCUCCCAGAACUGGCUUAUCUAUUGAUAAACCAGUAUGUUAUUGGCAUAAGCGAGAUUGUAGGUGAGCAGUAGAUGGUGAAACAAGCGGCACUACUACUGUGGAAUUCUGCAAAUGUGAUGUGUUAUCUGUGAUGAAUUAUUUAUUUUUGUACUAUGCAUUUUUAAUAAAAAGAACCUUAUCA